GAGACAUGGGGGUCUCCACGUGAUGACCACCCCUCUUUCCAACUGUCCUCCUACUGUGUCUGCAAAGCGCAAACAAACAAAACCUCGACACGCAAAACUAGACAGAGCAAACAAAGCAAAGCACAAAACCCAAAACCCCAACCCAAAACAAGGAGAUUCUGAUUUGACCGAACUUCCAAGUCUCACUUAACCCGAAAUUCCCCUUUCAUUUCCUCCCAAGUGUCUCAAACUCAAACGGCAUAUACACAAAAGCAACCCACGAAAUAUCCAGAGGAACAGAGAGAGAAGAUUCAACAGAGGAAACAGAUGAGUGGGAUUUCCAAGGAGGCUCAGCUUUCCAUCGCUGCCUCUUCGAUGUUUCCGGGGUUUAGGUUCUCACCGACCGACGAGGAAUUGAUUUCGUACUACCUUAAGAACAAGUUGGAGUACCCUGACAAGAGCGUGGAGGUCAUUUCCGAAGUCGAUAUCUGCAACUUCGAGCCCUGGGACCUACCGGCUAAAUCUGUCAUUCAAUCGGAGAAUGAGUGGUUCUUCUUUUCUCCGCGGGGUAGAAAGUACCCAAAUGGUUCACAGAGCAGGAGGGCAACUGAAUUUGGUUAUUGGAAAGCCACAGGCAAAGAACGUAAUGUAAAGUCAAGUUCUAAUGUUGUCGGUACCAAGAGGACACUUGUGUUCCACAUCGGACGUGCACCAAAAGGUGAAAGAACAGAAUGGAUUAUGCAUGAAUACUGUAUGCUGAAUGAUAAAUCCCAGGAUUCUAUGGUUGUUUGCCGCCUUAGGAAGAACAGUGAGUUCCAUCUGAAUGACACCACAAACCGAGGUUCCUCAAGUCAAAGUCCUUUAUCAACUGUGCAGAAUAGUGAAAAUGCUAUCUUCGAAGUUGGUAUUGAUCAAGGGGAGAAGGCAACUGAAUGCCACUCAAAGAAAUCUACUAGCAGUUAUGAUUCUCAUUCUAUUGAGCAAAUUGAUUCUGCAUCUGACUCCUAUCCGAAGCUGACACCAGAGGUAACACAGAUGGAAUCAUCUCAGCACCAAAAGGGUUCUUAUGAUGAUGACUUCUUCGCUGAGAUACUUAAAGAUGAUAUAAUCAAUCUAGACGAAUCUUCAGUCUCCGUUGCUGCUGACAUCCCACCAGUGGUUGCAAAUAAUUCAGAAGCCCAACAACAUUCGAUGCAAGCUGUUGUGUCUCAAGCCAUUCCUUUCCAAGGUACUGCAAAUCGAAGAAUCCGAUUAAGAAGGCCAAAGUUAAAGUCUCGUGCGCAAGCAUUAAUAGAACGUACCAACUCAGAGCAGUCACCAAAAGGUUUAGCAAAUAAUCACGUGUUGAUAUAUGUAAUUUUGGUUUUUUUGGUAUUGCUCGUUCUGUUUCUGUCAAAUUUUUGUUUUUCUAAUAUUACUGGGUCUGUUUCUUUUUAUGUUGGGAGGUUUCUGGCUAGUGAAAAACAUCAUAAAUGACUGGAUUAAGUCUGUAUGUUUUUCGACACAAUCGUUGUAUAAAGUUUCGUCCACUAAAUGUAAGUAUUAGACUUCUAGUA